UUUUUCAGACGAGUUUCCACAGAUUAGCCUUUCGGCUUUUGCCUUACAGAAAAGUUCCUUUUUCGGGCAAGUAGUACAUGAAAAUCUUGUGGCAAUCGACGUUAAAUGUCUGUCUUGUCAAAUCCAACAAAAGUAACCAAAGAGAGGACUUGGAUUGACAUCGGUCCUAAGAAUUCUAUGUUUUUGAGAACCUAUAAAGAUAGGAGUUUCUGUAUUUUACUGGCACGAGGCAGGGUUUAUUGCAGGAGCGAAGAAAGCAUGAACAACGCGAAAUGCAGUUUGCUUUGGGGCAAUGGUUUGGCUAAAUGUUCACGGACGGCGCAAAGAUACAUGUCAAAAAUCCCUUCCAUUCAAGCAGCGGAUAUUAUGCGAGACCCACGAUUAAACAAGGGCACAGGCUUUCCUUUGGAAGAGCGACAGAUAUUGGGCAUUCAUGGCUUGUUGCCACCGACGCUUGGUAAUCAGGAGUUGCAAGCACAACGAAUAAUGUUGCAACUCUCUCGCAAGGAGAGUGAUUUGCAUAAAUACCUAGAUCUAAUGGCUCUCCUUCAAAGAAAUGAGCGGCUUUUCUACAGAGUGCUUAUGGACAAUCUGGUGGAGUUGAUGCCUGUUGUGUACACACCAACUGUGGGAAAAGCUUGCCAGAAAUAUGGAGAGAUUUUCACCAGUCCAAAAGGCUUGUUCAUAUCAAUCAAAGACAAAGGGCAUGUUAAUCAACUUGUUGGAAACUGGCCGGAGCAAAAUGUCAAAUUGGUUGUGAUGACAGAUGGAGAACGAAUUCUUGGUCUAGGCGAUCUGGGUUGCCAUGGAAUGGGUAUUCCUGUGGGCAAACUUGCUCUGUGUACGGCAUGCGCCGGCAUUGAUCCUGCAAUGUGUCUGCCUAUACAGAUAGAUGUUGGAACUAACAAUCAGGAACUGCUGGGUGAUCCAUUUUAUGUUGGAAUACGAGAAAAAAGAGUUAGGGGAGAAGAAUAUAAUGAAUUAAUUGACGAGACGAUUCAUGCCUUGACAGACAGGUUUGGUAAGAACACUCUUAUUCAAUUCGAAGACUUUGGCAAUCACAACGCGUUUCAUUUCCUUGAAAAGUAUCGUUCAAAGAUUUGCACUUUCAACGACGAUAUUCAAGGUACCGCAGCUGUUGCUGUUGCAGGGGUACUUGCAAGUCAACGAUUAUCAAAGAAAAAUCGACUUUCGGAUAAUACAUUUGUGUUUUUGGGAGCAGGCGAGGCAGCUAUUGGCAUUUCAAAUUUGCUAGUACUCGCGAUGAAGGAAGAAGGACUUGACGAAAAUGAAGCUAGAGGGAAAAUAUCAUUGAUUGAUUCGAAAGGACUCGUUGUCAAAGAUAGAACCGUGGGAGGGUUAACAGAGACAAAGUUAAAAUACGCCCACGAAACUGGCUACAUUGACAAUUUACUUGACGCUGUGAACGCCAUCAAGCCAUCUGUUCUUAUUGGAGUUGCUGCUGUUCCCGGCUCAUUUAACGAGGACGUAUGUCGUACAAUGGCAAGUCUUAACGACCGUCCAGUUAUCUUCGCUCUAAGUAAUCCAACUUCGAAAUCGGAAUGUAGUGCGGAACAGGCGUAUACAUGGACGAAGGGAAAGUGCGUAUUCGCAAGUGGUAGUCCAUUUUCAUCGGUCACUCUUGCGGAUGGACUCCAGUUCACUCCCGGUCAGGGAAAUAAUUGCUACAUCUUUCCCGGUGUUGCACUUGGUACCAUUGUAUCCGGGGCACAAAGGGUCUCUGAAAGCAUUUUCCUGGAGGCUGCAAAGAGCCUGGCAAGUCAGGUUUCGGAGGAGCAGCUAUUAAAAGGAUGUAUAUAUCCACCGCUUGCAGAUAUUCGUCAAGUUUCAGUGAAAAUUGCCGCGAAAGUUGCCGAGCAUGCGUACAAAACUGGUCUUGCUACCGUUCUUCCUGAACCCAAGGACAAAAUUGCCACGAUUACAGAGGGACUGUAUUCCCCUGAAUACAUCUCGUUUGUACCUCGGACUUAUGUGUGGUGAAAUGCCAAAAAUUUCACAUUAUCACGAAAUAAAAUGCACACAUACCCGUUAACAAAUUUUAAAAUUACCUUACUUGUAUUAAAAUUCGAGUCGUACUCAUUUUCGCUAAGCUUUAAAUUCGCGCGAUUUAAUUUCGCGCACUUUGUUGACAAUUAUUCGCGCAGCUUUAAAUUCGCGCAAGUAGAUUUAUGUGCUCGUUCUUUUUGGUUUGUUCAAAAGAACUAUUAAUAAUUAACGCAUUUAUAUUGAGCUUUCUUUAUUAAGAAAUACCUCAAUAUUCAUCAAAAAAGCGAUUGGGUGGCCUUAAAAAUGGCUUCAAAAUAAAGCGUGAGUUCACUGUCCCAACAAGAACUAAAAAAUGUAAUAAAUGAUAUUGCCUAACAAUAUACUUUAUAAGUCAAACAAAAGUUUAGCUACAGUUCAAAUGUGCUAUUGGUCUGUUUACCAAAAUCAAAUAUGCUAUUGGUCUGUUUACCAUAAUCAGAGGCAAGAUUGAACCAUUGUCACUGGUCGGACAUUUGCCUCGAGAGAUUUCCCGAUUUUGCAAGUUCUUUUUUGAAUAUGGGGGCAACAUAGAAGCAUGUGUGUGUGACAUCAAACUUCGUCGAUCCCCAUUACCACAAGGAGGCUUGGAGGUUCCUAUUACCCUAACAGUCAUGCAGAACAAUGCAAGUUUUAGGAUAUACAGCAAAAUGCAGGCAUUCGUGACGGAAUACUACGUAGAACCUGAGAAUAUCCCGACUGAAAUUGUACAGGAUGAAAAUGAAGACAUUUUUGAUUUUUAAUGUUACCAGGACAACUAUAAGCAUAUGUCAAUAUGUAUAUGCGUUAAUAAAACAACUGAUUUGCAUAACCAACAA